AUGCCAGCAACUGUGUACGGAUCUCAAUAUUUGAUUGACAAGAUUCUUUCAAUAUUAGUACCAACAAAGAAGGAAUUCAGCUUAUCUCCAAGACAUUUCAUUCCUGUAUGGUGCUUUUUAAUUGGACUGCUAGUUCACAAGUUUGAUGAAGACUCUCCUUACUUUUUAUCAAAAGAAUAUUACAAAUAUUAUCCCAAUCUAUAUUCUAAUACAUUAGCUAUGAAUUUUCUAAGAAAAUUUCACUUGAAACAGAACGUUUUAACAAGAGUUGAUGGCAUAAUUGAAAAAUUCCACAAGGACGAUAGCGAUGACACUGAAUCAUCGAGGUUAUUAUUGAAAUCUAUUACAUCAAACGAACCAUUCCUAGCAAACAACCAAUCUGCUCCCAUCAAUAUUUAUUAUCGUUUGAUUACCAUGCUCAAGAAGCGAAUUAAUGAACUAAGGUUCAUAGUUCAAAAAUUUAGAGAGCCAACAGUUGUACUAGACAGUAAGAAGGAGCUGGAACCUUCCUCUCUGCAAGAAAAUGUGGAAUACUUGCAGCAUUGCUAUCAACUUUUAAAGAAUGUUGGAGAAUUAAUGGAUAUGUACAUGGAUUACAAAUAUCAAAAUAGAAAAUACCAAUCCUUAGGCACUAUUAAAUAA